CACAGUGGAUUUGAGUAUUGCAAUUAUUUAUUCGAUUUAAAAGGCAGAGUUCAAAAACAUGCAAAAGAUACAAGUAGCUGUAUCUUUUGCAUGGAGUCACUAUUUGACAUAUACAUUAAUAUUUAUAUUAAUAUUUAGUUAUAUGUGAGAUCCAGCUUCUUUGAUUUUUCCUUCACACAACAAACACAAGGUGGGCGGGGUCCUUGCUGCUGUUUUCUUAGGUAGCCUGUUAAAAUGCCCGAACUCAAAACACUUCUUUUUCCAAGAUGGCGUCGAUGAAGGACAGCGACACCGGCCUGUGGCUUCACAACAAGCUGGGCUCCACUGACGAGCUCUGGACGCCGCCGAGCAUCGCCUCCCUUCUUACAGUGUCGGUUAUCGACAACAUACGGUUAUGCUUUUCCAGCCUUUCACCGCCAGUGAAGCUCAAACUGCUGCUCGGGAUGCUGCACCUUCCUAGGCGGACCGUUGACGAGAUGAAAGAGGCCCUGUCAGAGAUCAUCCAGCUGGCUACUGUGGACUCAGAACCCUGGGUGUUGAUGGUUGCAGACAUCCUCAAAUCAUUCCCAGAGACUGGCUCUCUCAAUUUGGAUUUGGAGGAGCAGAAUCCAAAUGUGCAGGAUAUUCUUGGCGAACUCAGAGAGAAAGUGAGUGAAUGUGAGGCAUCCACAAUGCUUCCUCUGGAGUGUCAGUACCUCAACAAGAGUGCGUUGACCACACUGGUGGGACCGCUCACGCCCCCUGUCAAACAUUUCCAGCUGAAAAGGAAACCAAAGAGUGCAACGCUGAGAGCAGAGCUGCUGCAGAAAUCUACAGAGACAGCCCAGCAGCUGAAGAAGACGGCAGGAGUGCCGUUCCACGCCAAAGGGAGAGGACUGGUUAAAAAGAUUGAUACCACCACUCCACUGAAGGGAAUUCCCAAGGCCCCGUUCAGAAACCCCACUGCCCCCAGCAUGUUCAGCCCACCAAGUAACCGCACACCCAUGGCACCUGCACGGACUCCUCUGCGUAAGGAGCGGGGGGUCAAGCUUUUGGACUUCUCUGAGCUGGACAUGGUCGGUGCUGGAAGAGAAGCCAAAAGGAGAAGAAAGACUCAGGAAACAGAAGCUGGAGAGAAAGCAGCCAAAGAAGAAGCAGUGGUUGAAAACACCACACCAGACUACGCUGCAGGCCUCGUCUCUGCACAGAAACUGGGGGCGUUGAAUGAGAAUCCUCUCCCGUCUACCAGUUACCUACCAGCUACACCCAGCAUGGUUCCUUCUUCCUCCUACAUUCCCAGCUCUGAGGCUCAGCCAGCAAACGCUGGUGGCUCUGGUCGUGACCAACUGCAGUCCACUCGUCAGCCGGAGGAGUCAGCUACGGCAGGCGCCGGUGCCACACCCACCCUUCCGGGCCAGUACAAACAGAGGACGCCCAUGUACAAUGCCAGCAGCACGGCCAACCCUGCAACGCCCACGUCGCCCAGCACACCCACUUCCACCCCAGCAAACAACGGCCCCCCGGCCGCUGCCACUGCCAGCCAGCCUGAGACGCCCAGCCAGCCACCCAGCACGCCCCAGACACAGACCCCAACACCAGCCCCUUUACCACCACAGCCUCAGCCCAAAAAGAAUCUGUCACUCACGAGGGACCAGAUGUACGCGGCUCAGGAGAUGUUCAAGACGGCCAACAAGGUCACCAGACCAGAGAAGGCGCUCAUCCUGGGCUUCAUGGCAGGAUCCAGAGAGAACCCAUGUCCGGAGCAGGGAGACAUCAUCCAGAUCAAGCUGAGCGAGCACACGGAGGUUUUGCCCAAAGCCGAUGGCACGGGGAGCACAACCAUGCUGGUGGACACAGUUUUCGAAAUGAACUACUCCACAGGACAGUGGACUCGUCUGAAGAAAUACAAACCCAUCACCAGCUCCUCCUGAGCUGCAGUCACCAAUGCCUUCACCAUCCACAAAAAACAAAAGAGAAAAAGACAAACAUUGGCACAGACAGAGAGGAGGAGGGGGAGGAGACGCACUGUGGAGGAGAGAGAUCCUUCCUCCUUCUCCUGCACCUCCUCACAGCAGGACUUUGACCAUGGUUUCUAAUUUUUUUUUUUAAUAAAGUCACUUUCCACCUGAAUGACGCUGCAGUCUGGACCACUCUGUCUGGACGCAGACCCUAAACCGCCGGCAUCUUUCAACCUUUUGUAUGCGCAGGUACAAGCAUGUCACGCAUCUAGAAAGAAUCAAAUAAACAGUAUUUUUCUGA